GGGCCCCAAGGACGCUGCUGCCUUUAUCGUUUCCACGGAAGCACCGAACAGAACAGCAUACACCUGCUACUUGGCACUUGGACUUCCUAAGAAGAUGGCGCCCAGGUUUGCAUAGCACGUGUACCACAGCUCUUGCGUGAGGUAUUGAAGUAUGGAAACGGGCCGCCCUCCCAACCUCUCUCCCUUUGUGUCUGUCUGCCUGUCUGCCUGUCUCGUGGAACUACUGUAGGUCCUUGUUGGAACGGGUUCACCUGGUGUGUCGUCGGGGGGAAUUGGCCGUUUCGCCGCUUACGGCACAAAAAGGAAAUUCCGCCGCAUCUUCACCUCCAGCGCUCCGCAACGCGUGGUUCGGGUUCUGGCAACGGUAUCUCUCCAUCUCUCCUGCUGUGCUGGGUUUGGUUGGUGACGGCGUGAAUAGCUCGUGUCGGCAGUCAUCUAGGGCGGAAAGUUGCAAAGUGCUGGGCUGCCGUGAACCCGAGGCUGCAAGCAGCACCUACAGUUGGAACCAGCGCGACCGACCCCAAGGACACGCUCUGUUGAAACUGAGCUUGCCUGCGUAGGAGAGCGGAGAGGUGCGGGUGGGCGCUGGAAAGAUGCGCAGGGAGCAGGGAGCGGCGGCAGGAGGGACUACGUCUCCUGAUGAUCCCACGAGAGCUUUCGCACCCGAAGAGAAGAGCAGGCGACCAAAGGACACACCAUUUCGCCAACAACGAGUGACGUCGUUCUUGCCCAUCUUGCAGCCGCUGCUGGUGGUGGGGAUAUUCUUCGCGAUAGGGGUGGCGUUCAUCCCGCUCGGGAAGUGGUUCAUCGAAGAGUCGGAAGAGGUGGUGGAGUUCAAGCGGAGGUAUGACGGCGACAGCGUGGACGUGGAGGGAUGCAAGAUCACGGAGCGCAACCAGGGCACCACGUGCUCGGUCCAGAUCGAAGUCGAUGAGUUCAUGAAGCCACCGAUCUACGUGUACUACGAGCUGAAUAACUACUUCCAGAACCACCGCAGAUACGUCAAGUCUCGGAGCUCGCUACAGCUUCUGGGCGAGGCGGUGGAACCGGACGAAAACUGCGAGCCUUUGGAGCGGACGACCGUUGACGGAGAGAUACUGGACCUGAACCCGUGCGGGUUGAUCGCGAACAGCAUGUUUAACGAUAUCAUCGAGCUCACCACCGAGGGUGUGACCAUGUCCGAGAAGGACAUAUCGUGGAAGUCGGACCGAGAGACGCGGUUCAAGCAGCCGCCGGGCUUCACGUUCGCGGAGUGCUCCGCCAACACGUCCUGCUCUGACUGCCUCGGCGGCAGCAAGUACUCGUCCUGCGGGGACCACACCGACGAGUCAACCGGGACGGAGUACAAGUUUUGGUACCCGGAUGACGAGACGACGCAGUUCCUGUACGAGACGUACCCAGGGGUGGUGAGCCCCAUCGAGGGCGUCCUGAACGAGCACUUCAUCGUGUGGAUGCGCACAGCAGGGCUGCCGCGGUUCCGCAAGCUGUACGGGAGGAUCGACGAGCAGAUAGAGGCGCCGCAGGUCCUGACCUUCAACAUUACCGCAAAUUUUUUCGUGGGCGAUUUCUCGGGGGAGAAAUCACUCGUCGUCUCGAACUUGUCUUUGAUGGGGGCCCGGAAUCCGUACCUGGGCAUCGCGUAUAUUGCCCUCGGGUCUCUCUCCCUUGCGAUCGGCCUUGCGUUCCUUAUCAAGCACUUGUCGAAUCCGAGGAAGCUGGGGGACACGCGGUUCUUGGUCUGGAAGGACACCACGCUUUGAGCAUGCCAGUUUUCGAAUGAAUUGAAGGUGCAGGUGUACGAUUUUUUUUUUUUUUUCGCUUCAAGGUUGGGUGGGGGGGGGGGGUUCAAUGGACUGGCGUUUUCGCAGUUUUUUUUGUCGCCUUCGGCGUGAAGGCCGCUCGUUGUCUGACGUCCCCGAUGUGGUGGGGUAGGGUGAGGGCACUUGUCGAGCACGUGUGCUUAGCUAGAGUGUGCGCGUAUUCAUGCAAGCAAGCAAUGGGCGUUGCUGUGUGAUCGCUCGGGGCCUGUUUGUGUCCAACUCUUCGUCGCGGCACAGAGUGGUGUUUGGGCCUGCUGUAGAGGAGUUUGUUUAGAAAACGAUAUCCACCAGUUGGCUUCGGUUUGUCCGUGUCGUAGUCUAUCACGCAGUUCGGUUUGUAAGUUUAUUGUGUAAGAAGUACUCGGAAAGAGUGUGUGUGUUUGUUACCUCUUGAAGUUCUCGAAAUAUAUAGAUUCGUCGGGAGCGCUUGUGAAUGCUCCCUCCGGGUUUUGUAGACCCGGUUGCACAAGGGUAAGACUUUUCUUCGUGUUUGUUGAUGGGUUGAGGGAAGACUCUCCCCCCUCGUCGGUGUUUGGUGGUUGCUCGCUCGAUACCCGUUGUAAAUUUUGCUUUAGUUUGUUGCCCCUGGUUUUGUACGCGUGGCUGUGGUCGGCCCGCUGUUCAGCUACGUGAAAAGGGCUGUGACAUCCUCGGCGUGUCUCCAGCGCACUGCUUUCAAUGCUUCUUCAGAUGGUGCGCGCAGGCCGGCCGCCCACUUGUUUGUUCACCUCGCGUAGCUUGACAGGUAUCGAGCGGGACAAGACUGUAGGAUAUGGUUUUAGGUUCUGCCCGAGGUCCGCGUUGCUUGUGUAUCAGCACCCUCCGCACGCUAGCCGAGUUUGUGGAUGUUUGGCUUACUUGCGCUCCGGGUCUGGUCCUGUCCUAUGCCUUUUCCGAAAACGGGCGGUUUAAUCGUUUCUAGUGUCUACAGCCUUGCCAAAUAAAUAGCAUUCGAAAGAUUAGUCUCUCUGACAAUAAGCCAGUCGUUCUGAGGGCUUUGAUGCUCGUCAUCAGCCCGGACUUUUCACCAAUGCCGCGCACAAUACUCUUUUGAACACCCAGUUUGGUGUUCAUUAUGCCCGACAUGAACGCAAACCGGUCUUAUCGCCACGUCCAGAUCUUUGAACACGCCUUCACCGCUCU